CGCAGUGUGCGCAUGUUCGUCAGAGGCGGAACUGCUGAGUGCAGCAGGCAGCGGAGUCCUGCUCGGUUCAUCUGACAGACAUGGAGCGUCGGUGCUAGCGGCGGCGCGUGCGUGUGCGUGUGUGUGUGUGUGUGUCUCCGUCGGACCGGUCAGUACACGGGGAGGGUUCGCCCGCAACGUCGACAGGAGCUCCGCGGGAACCGGAAUAACAUGAUGAGGUUCAUGCUGCUUUUCAGCCGACAGGGGAAGCUGCGUCUGCAGAAGUGGUACACAGCCACAUCCGAGCGUGACAAGAAGAAGAUGGUCAGGGAUCUGAUGCAGAUCGUGCUGGCCCGCAAACCAAAGAUGUGUAGCUUCUUAGAAUGGAGGGACCUCAAGAUUGUCUAUAAAAGGUAUGCCAGCUUGUAUUUCUGUUGUGCAAUUGAAGAGCAGGACAAUGAGCUGAUCACACUGGAAGUUAUUCACCGCUUCGUAGAGCUGCUUGAUAAAUACUUUGGCAGUGUGUGUGAGCUGGACAUCAUCUUUAACUUUGAGAAGGCGUACUUCAUUCUAGAUGAGUUCCUAAUGGGAGGAGAGAUCCAGGACACGUCUAAGAAGAGCGUCCUCAAAGCCAUCGAACAAGCGGACAUACUGCAGGAGGAGGACGAGUCUCCCAGGAGUGUGUUGGAGGAAAUGGGCUUGGCAUAAUACACAGCGUUGUUGUGAGAGAUUAUAGAUACUAAGGUAGAGAGCUGGAUGUGAGGGGAUGGGGCAGCAUCUGGGAUUGCACUGUCUUGGACUGACUGACUGGCUCUGUGUAUCUGUGGCUCUGGGGACUGAUGUUGAACCAGGGAAGAGACUCAGUUAAGAGUGGAAGAACCUUACAUUGCAUUGACAGGCCCUAAAGCUCUGUGUGUGUGCGUGUGUGUGUUUGUGUGUGCGUGCGUGUGUGUGUGGAUGUGUCUGUGUGUGAUGUAGGCAUAGGGUGGAGGUAAUGAGUUACACUUAAACUAAUAUGUGGCUUUGGGGGUGGGGUGUUUUUAUUUAAAAGGAGGGAAGUGGAGUUUGUCUUUGCUGUAAGUAAGUAAAGAUAAGAAGCCACAGAGGAAACUGCUGUCUGAGUCACUAUGAGGCAGGUUUGCAGUUUGACUGAAGAGAAGCAGGUUGAACUGUCACAUCUUGUCGAGAAUAAUCGUGAGUUACUCUGAUUGUGGACUGGUCAUUAGAGUUGUGAGACAGACAAAAAAGGAGGACAUCACUGAAGUGGUGAGUUUGAUGUCGCUCUACAUGUUUUCUAUUUUAAAUAAUUCUCAUGAAAGAUCAAAACCAGCAGUGAGUUUGUGCAGCCCUGAACACUUUAACAUCCCUCCUCUGUCUGUGGCUCUCAGCCACAAAUUCACUGAUUCCUACGUAGGAGGAAAAUCUUAAAUAACAACAGCUCAUAGAUAUAUUUUUCCAAAAGGUUCAGUAAUUUCCAAAAAUGCUACAGGGGAAUGCUGUAGUUUUAAUAAUUAUUACUAAAAUAGGAAAAAAUAAUCAAUUUGUUGGGUACUACUGUAUUUGCAGUGACUGAUUAAUUCAUAUUUGUGGCAGCAGGACGGUGUGUGUGUGGGAACAUGUAAACUACAGUGCCUGUUGUCAAUGAUGGAAAAUGUCACCUAAUGGAGCAGUGUGUUACUCUUGGGAACAAUGGAGCUCUGUGUCUCUGAGGAAUGAGCUAUAUCGCACAAGUGAACACGAACUGUUUAGUAUCACUUCAUUAUCAGUUUUGACCUGCACAUGAGAUCUGUUGACGUUGAGACAAAUGUAGAAUAUCCCCAGAUGUUUAAAGUAAAAUUCUGUCAAUGCAGUCCUGUUUUGGUAACCAUGAUUUGCCAUGAUUCUUGUUGGUUAUGGUUAUGUAAUAAUGUACAAAAUAAUUGACAAACUGUGCAAUCUGCAGAACAUACAGGAUGGUCAUUGUCGCCCAUUUCCAUUUAUUACAGCAGAACUUGUGCUCAAAUCAUUUAUCACCUGACGUUUUCUCUGUAGUUUUAAGUCUGGGAAAUUUAUUUUAUAGUUUUAUCCAUUGUUCCUAUCAGCUACUCCAAAGGACAACCAAACAGAUCCCAAAUUUAACUAUUUAACGUGUUUCUGAAUUGCCAGUUUGGAUGAGAAACACAGUGCAGUGCAUCAUGUUGUAAAAGUGCAAAUGCUAAUGAUCACUGUUCCAUUCAGAUGUGAAGCAGGAAGUAGCUCUGAGGGAGGACGUGGACAUUGGGGCGAUAACAUUCACCUUCAUUCUCUUACAUCAGAAAGCCAUAUGAAGUCAUUGUAUCCUCAGAACUCAGCAAUGCAGAGAUGUAAGAGCAACAUGAUCAUAACCGACAGGACUCAGGGCUAUAACUACGCCAGACAGAGUUUGGUUUUGUAUUCUUCCAUUUGUGAUUGGCCCAUCUCACCCAACACACUCGGUGAGGAAGUGCAUUGUGGAAUCAUAAAUAAUGAACCAAAGACGGAGCCUGUUCACACAUGAGCCGUUCAAAUGUACCGCGAGUGGACUGAUGUACCAGAUGAGAUGGAAAUGUCCAAUCUGUCUUAUGCAAUUUUACAAGGUGCAGCUGAGAAUCACAUUCCACCAAGUUUUCCUCCUGACAGCAAACACUGGUGGAUGAAAAGAAGCAAGGUUCAGUGUUGGAGUUGGGACUUGACUUUGUCCCGCUGGCAAAUCACCUGAUGAUUGAAUUCAACGAUAUUGUGCGAAAAUGGUCUCGGAUGUUUCUUAUGUUCCCCUAAAUAUUUUUUACAAUGUUUUUAAUUAUUCAUCUCACUGUGCAGUUUUAUUGGUGUUGGUAAUCUAAGUUUGAUGUGUUUUGUGAAAUUCAGGAUGAGCUCCCAAUGCUAUACCAAUAGAAGUAAAGGAAAAAAAAUUAUUAAAAUGUUGCUAUUUCUUUGCAAGCUGUCAUAUUCAUGUUCACUUAUCUUAUUUCCUCAGACAAGAUGAGGUCUUUAAAAGCGAAAAUGUGUCGCAGGAAGUGAUUUGUCAGCAAAUAUUCACGAGCUUACAUCAAUAUGUCUGGAAUUAAUGAUCAUUUCAGUGAUUAUUUCUUAUUCGGUGACCAUUUAGUGAGACUUUCUGCUGCCGAAAUCUCUAUUUACUCUGACAGUGCCGGUACUGUAAAUACUGUCAUUAUUUAUUUAUGUUUCUAAAAUAGGGUCCGGUGUUAUGGUACUAUAGGAAAUAUGUAUCAUCGCUCAUUUUAUGCAACUGAAAUGGUCAAAAAAAUCUUUGCUAAAAAUGCUUGUCAGCUAUAUCACUGUAAGCUGCCAUUUUCUAGGGUUUUGCCACAUUUUCCCAACCCUCUGUAAUUCGAUGUUUGUCAUUACACCUGGAUAUCAAUUAUACAACACUCUCAGGAGCUUCGUCUCAUUUUUAUGAGAAAAUAAAUUUGAUUUUCACUCAUCAGAUUCCUUGGUUACAAUGUUACAACGUCUCUAAAUCUGUAAAAGACUGUUGGAAGAUGAUGGAUGGUGGAAGAUUUUAGUGAAGCUCAAAGUUUGGUAUUCUUCUCUCCGGGGCUUUGCUGCCUUCCUUAGAAAGCUGUUGGUUUUAAGACUAAAUGCAAUACGGAGAGGAUGGAGUUCAAAGAUUUGAAUGUGUGAAUAAUCCUUCAGAUAAUGAUGGUUGGAGUUUGUGUUUGUGGGUCAGGAAACUUUCUGUUGUGGCAGUCAAAUCCUCAGCUGUUGCCAUGUUCAGUCCUGUUUACCCUGUGGUUAAAUCAGUAAAUAUUGUGGUGUCUGAAAAUAAUCCUAUUGCUCAUCAUGAAAACCUAAUUUAAGGCUGCAUAUGAAAGUACUAUAUAACACUGUUGUUGUAUUGGCUUGUCACUGCAACAGUGUCCUCUCCAGGAAAGUGCUACACCCUCAAAUGACCUCCCAUCUUUACGCCUUAAAAGACCGAGGGCGGGGUUUCUCUGCUCAACCCUGAUUGUUCGUCCAUAUAGUAGACAUACGCACACAUUGGUGUAAUUCAUGACCAUUGGGCGAUCGAGAUCGUCAUAACGACAACCAAUCAGUUUCCUACAACAUAGCUGGCUUUCAUGGUAAAGUGCUAGGCUAGCUGGCCAUGCAAUAAUAAGUAAAGUACACAGGAAAGUAACUUUACAAGCAGAUACCAUAUACAUACCAGGCUCACCAGCUAUUUCAGCCUUCCAGGCUCAUUUAGACAUAUCAUGAUUUGAUUGGCUGGUUGCCUGUGCUGCUGCUAGAAGAGUUGAGCUUCUCUAAACAACUACCACAUUGCUAUGCAAUCAAAGUCAAGCAGCGGAACCAUAAUGACGUUCGACAACACGUGACAUCACCACGUUCACAGUUGAGGAGCAGCGUCUCUUUGGAACCCUCCAGUGUGCUCAUUCAGCUCCUUAAGGCCUUAACAUGUGAUCUGAUUGUUUUUUCUCCACUGUUAGAGAGGAUGAUUCACAGUAGAACAAGUGAAAAAGAUGGCCAUGGACAUAUAAGACUAAAAAUAUGUUGAGUUAUGAUCGGCUGCAAAACGAUACGUGGACCAGCGUUCAGGAGAAGUGAAUGCGAAUCAGAAUUUUGAUCGAAGAUAUUGUCUUUGUGUGACCUUGAGGGCCUUCAUACGUUUUAUACAGUACACCAUCUAAAGGCAAACAUGUCUCUGCUCUCAUAACCUCCUGCCUCCCUGAUCUCCUCCAACAGUCUAGUUUCUCUGUUGUAUCUUUUUAGUCUCUCUGAAGUCAUGUGUCACUGCACUCUGUUGUUCACGCAUGACACAAUGAAUGAGAUUCAGACUCUGCCUCAUGUGGCCACUUGCGGUAUGACGUGAUAGUGGUUUGUUUCCCAAAGUUCCAAAACCAAUGGCGCAGAGUUCCUGCUGUUCCACACUCUGACAAGCUCUUCUCUUGAAGCGUGCCGAUCCCUUGAUCCUCGUCCCUGCUUCCUUUUCAUUGGAGUCCGCGCCCACUUUAAGAUUUUUUACCUGACUAAGGUUGUAUCAUUAAUCUCUUAUGCAAUGCCUUGCAAUGAAUGUUGUAAUUUUCUUGUUUUGAAAUGAAUUCAAACAGAGUGAAGAUUUUGAAUUGGAAUCUCCUGUUAAAGGUUUUUUGGUUCUUUUGAGGAAGAUGAGCUGGCGUGUGGUGGGGCCCUAGUGUAGGAAGGCUAAAGGGACUCAAUGUGUGAAUGUAAUUUUAUAAAGAAAUAAAACAUUUUAAGCUAAAUCAAACCUUUUGUUCCUGAUGUGUUGUCAAAUCAGCAGGUACUGCACAUUAAAAUAUGUUCCACAACACCA